UAGGAUUGAUUGAUGAAACUACUGUGUUUGUGUAAUUGAGAUCCAAUAAAACAAUUCCAUUAAUUCUCAUUCUCAUUAUUAUUAUUAUUAUUAUUUCGUCUCUUCGCCGGCGGCGGAAUAUUCCGGCAAAGAUUCGGAUUCCGAUGGGACGGAGUCCGUGCUGCGACAAGACAGCUGGACUGAGGAAAGGGAAAUGGACAGCCGAGGAAGAUGAAAAGCUCAUUAAUUACAUCAACAUCCAUGGCGACCAAGGCUCAUGGAGAUCCCUCCCUAAAAAUGCUGGUCUGCUCCGAUGUGGUAAGAGUUGCCGAUUAAGGUGGAUGAACUAUUUGAGAUCAGAUGUUAAGAGAGGAAACUUUACUCACUACGAAGAAGAGACAAUCGUCAAACUCCAUAAUUCGCUCGGCAACAGGUGGUCCGUGAUCGCCAGUCAUCUUCCCGGUCGCACGGACAAUGAGAUUAAGAAUUACUGGAACUCUCAUCUCAGCCGUACGAUCUACAGGUUCAGAUCCCUAGGUCGGGGAUCAAACGCUCCUCCUGCUGCCACGCGUCCCAUUAAGACGACGCCCACCUUCAACAACACUUCCCGGACGGGCCCUGACGCGACACCCGGCCCGGCCCAGACCGGACCGGCCCGUUUUCAAAAGCCCGAUUCCACGCCGCUGCAAUCCUCGCCGGCCUGCAGCGUGUCGGAAUCGAAGGAGACAAACAGCGGCGGCGGAAAUGUUGCCGGAAUCUCGAGCGACGAUGAUGACGUGGAAUGGUGGCAGCUGGCAUGCCCGUCGCCGCCCGACGAUGGCCUCCGGUUUUACGACGAGUUUCUCUGGUGGGACGGCGCCGCCGCCGCCGCAUUUGACGGCGACUUUGCGACGGCGGAGGACGACGAUGUCGGCGGAUUGCUGAUCUGGCAAUCGGACGUGGCCGGCAUGUUUAAUUAUAAUUAAAUAAUUAAUUUUAUUUAAGUGGUUGUAAGUAAGUGACAAGCGAGUGAUAUGAAUAAUGGAGUACCUCAACCUUUUUUUUUUUUAUAGAAGUAUA